CUGGGGGCGAGCACGGCGCGCCGCCGAGGUACCGGGAGGAGGCGGCGGGAGGCAGGUCUUGCACUCUGGACUUGUCAGCCUUGCAGGCUUCUGGGCACAUCUCAGCUAUGAGUAGAUCAAUAGGAUUUAGCAUCUGUGUGGUCACCUGCAGCAUCCUGCUCUUGUCCUCCAGUCCACCAUGCCUUGCAUCUCAGCCACUGGAGGAGAGGGACAUGACAAAGGUCCAGCAUGGCCCCUGGGCAGGGAACGGGGUAGAAGAUGAAAGGACAAGCGUGCUGAACUUGAAAAAUAACCUGGGCCCUUCUGAGCAGACUGUCUCUGAAGAGCCAUGUGGAGUGUCAGCGAAGCCAUCCGGGACACCCUUAAAUGAUGCUUUCACCGCAGAAGGAGAAACGCUGCCUGUAAGCCCGAGCCAUGUCACCCCAGGCAGCCGGGGCCUGGGUGCUCACGCCUCUUCUGCGGCAGUGGCCGCUGGAGAUGAGGAGGAGGUUGGUCCCACAAAGUCAGAGCUGGAUGAGGCCAUGCUGACCACAGCUGUGACCACGCUGAACCCUGCUGUCCAGGAGGAGUCUGUCGGUGGCCCCAUCAGCGAGACCACCACGGAGGGUGGUGUUGAAGUAGAGCACAGCUCUGCCGGCCUCUCAGCAAACCCCCUUUCUGGGACAGCCGAGGAGGAGGAGGAGGUGGCAGAGAGCAGCUCUCACCCCUCAGCUGCACCCCAGCCCACACCGUACCCCAGCUCUCCCAGCUGGGAAGCGGCAAGCGACCACCCCGUCAUCCCGACUCCCCAGGCUCAUGGCAUGUCCUCCGAGGUGGGAACGCCAAGAGCUCGCACAGGGAGCCCUCUGAGGUCCCUGGCUGUGCGAGCAUCUGUGGCUGCAAAACGUCCCCUCGUGGUGACCGAGGCCUCCCUCCACCUGGAAGCGGGGACAGGCGUCGGGCGAGGAGAGCUGCCCACCAUGGCUGGCACCGGCACCGUCCACCCUAUGGACGCUGUGCCGCCCGACUGGGAUGACACAAAACCGGGGGCCACAAGUCAAGCGGGAAGCACAUCUCGUGAGGGGGUGACAGAGGAUCUGGGGACAACAGAACCAUCCCAGACCCCGCAGGGAGGUGCGGGGGAGGAAGAGGAUGCAACAAGAGUGCUGCCAUCCCCAGCGUCCCCUCCAUCAACUCCCGAGCUCGCCAAGGACACCAACUGCACGGUGCUGGUGCAAGGGGAGGAGUUGCCGGCCCCUUCCACAGGCAGCGGUGAUGCUCUCCCCACUGCGAACCUGACGGGUGUAGACACGGCAGAUCUCAACGCGCUGGAAAACAUAAAUGCAGUCACAGCGGAGGAGGGAAAAAGCAUUCCGUCGUCACAGCCGGAGGCUGCUGUGGUGACAGAUACACGGUCCGAUUUCUCUCCCACUCUGGAAAGCUCAUGGAAAGGUGUUACUCGGGAGGUGACAACAGUUGCCCAGGAGGCUGAUGCUGCUCUGUCAGUUGUGACACUGGUGCCUGGUGCUACCCAGGGAACAGGAGCUGCAAGCCUGCCGCAGGAAAACAGUGGGGAGGACACCCAGAUGCUGACUGCUCCUAGUACCACCCAGAUGCUGGUGGCAACUGGUGCUUCCUCUAUGGCGAACACUCCAGAUGUAGAAGAUCUCUCAGAUGUGGUCCUGGUCACCAGUGAGAAGGUUGUUCCAGCUCCUGGUGGAUUGUCUGCUACCCAGUCUGGACAGACAGAGGAGCCAUCCAGCAGAACUGUGGUCCUGGUAACUCCGGCAUCAAUGACAUCUUCUGUCAGACGGACAGCUCUUCCAUCUGUGAGGAGGAUCAGUACAGCUGUGACCUAUGGUCUGGACCGCCUGGAGUCAGAAGAGGGUGAGGAAGAGGAAGAGGAUGAAGAGGAGGAGGAAGAAGAAGAGGAGGAAGAGGAAGAUGAGGAGGACAAAGACAUAGACUUGAUGGAUGAAAGCAUGGAGGGUGACACAGAGCUGCCAGGUUUCACGCUUCCAGGCGAGACCUCCCAGGAGCCCAUAGCUGGCCUGGAAAACCCUGUGGCCCAGCUGGCCGGGGUGUCCUACCAGGUUCCUGACACCAUCGAGUGGGAGCAGCAGAACCAGGGUCUGGUGAGAAGCUGGAUGGAGAAGCUGAAAGAUAAGGAAGGAGGCAUGUCUAGUACGAUCUAUGCUCAUAGCAGAGCACCUUGGCCUGGGAUUCAGCCAGAGCGAACGCUGAAAGGACAGAGAAUGGUUUUCCCGAUGAAGGCAGGAUACAUGUCGGGGAUGCUGGUUCCUGUAGGAGUCGGAAUAGCUGGAGCUCUCUUUAUCCUAGGAGCACUCUACAGCAUUAAGAUUAUGAAUCGCCGAAGGAGAAAUGGCUCAAAGAGACAUAAAAGAAAGCAGAGGGAAUUUAACAGCAUGCAAGACCGAGUCAUGCUCUUAGCUGACAGCUCUGAAGAUGAAUUUUGAAUCGAACUGCAGUGCCCUUGUGAUAGCCCGUGACUUUUAAAAGGAGGGAGGGGGAGAAAAAGAACAAGCGACUUUCUGCUGCAUCGCUGCUCUCCGCCGCCCCGAGCCACCGAGCAGUGGUCGGUACCACCCCGGCGAAACGGCAUGCUAUGCUCUACGUGUACCGCGCAGUGAUGUUUGUUUUGAUACAGUAGUGAGAUUUCACAUUUGCACCCGGCGCCUCAUUCAGAUCCACAGCGCGUCUUGUUACAGCUGGAGCUGAUCCAUAUGGAUGAUUAUUUUCCUAUUACCCUGGUGUACUGUUUUGGUCCUGGCUGGCAGUAAUCUAAUCAUAACAAUAGCUCUCACCUAACCCGGGAAUGGAAAUCUUUACUGUGAAUGACUUCUGUCCAAUUUGUUAAUUUUAAAUGUUACAUUACCUGAGCUAGAGUUCAUUAGUGCUAAGAUUAGCUGCUCUGCUUAAUUAAUGAGUUAUACACUUGAACUGUAUCCCUUGCCACCUGAGAAGUGCCCAUGUACAGUGUUGUUGAUACAGUUUGAAGCACAUUUCUGCACUCGGUUCCCCGACCCUCACCCCUUCUUUCUUCCUUCAGCUCUGCUCCACGCUUCUGGGAGACACACAGGAAUGGCCUCAACACUCCAUUCACAACAAAAAUCCUAGUCCAUUUUCAACCAGCACUGUCUGUUACAGCACAAUAAAUACCAGCGCUCACCUACUGA